CUGGAGCAGGAGGUGGGCUGGAGCGAGAGGCUGUGCAGGCAACUAAGCCUGGAAGAACUUUCUGGAGAAGUCAGAGACCGCUGUGCCUGGUACCCAGCAGCCGCCACGUUACAGCCAGCCUCAGAGACUCCAGAGCUCUUUUGCAGUGAGCCCAGUACUCAGAGAGAAAGGCUAAGGUCCUGAGGAGGAUGUGGCUGCAGAAUUUACUUUUCCUGAGCAUUGUGGUCUACAGCUUCUCAGCACCCACCCAUUCACCCAUCACUGUCACCCAGCCUUGGAAGCAUGUAGAUGCCAUCAAAGAAGCUCUGAGCCUCCUGGAAAAAAUGCUUAAAAUCCCUGCCAUGCUGGAUGAAGACGACGUAGACAUUGUCUCUGAAGAAUUCUCCGUCCAGAGGCCAACCUGUUUGCAGAAACGCCUGAAGGUAUACGAGCAAGGACUACGGGGCAACUUCACCAGAUUCAGGGGCACCUUGGCCAUGAUAGCCAGACACUACCAGAAGUACUGCCCUCCCACCCCGGAAGAUGAAUGUGAGACAGAAGUCACCACCUUUGGGGAUUUCAUAGACAGCCUUAAAAACUUUCUGUUUGACAUCCCCUUUGACUGCUGGGAGCCAGUCCAAGAGUGAGACAGCCCGGCCAAGAUCUUGAUCCAACUUCUCAUACGGCUGCUUUUGUGCCUAUGCAAUGAGCCAGCAACUCAGGAUUUCUGCCUUGAAGGGAUCUAGGGGUGGGUCACAGCCGCAGUGGGGGCAGUAUACACCUUCUCUGAACGUGUUGACUCACGCAUAGAAAAGGUAGACAAAUGAGGGGUGUUUUCUACUGAUAGGGACCAGUAAUAUUUAUUUAUCUAUUUAUAUUUUAAAAAUAUUUAUUUAUUUAUUUAUUUAAGCUCGCGACUCUAUAUUUAUUUAUGCAGGAUGUCUUACCAUAAUAAUAAAUUAUUCAAAUGUGUGUGCA